UUACUGUGUCGCAUCAACACCAUAAUCAGCCUUGAAACACAUGUCAAGAUGGAACUGAAUAGAAUAGAAAAGGAUAAAAUAAAAUUAAAUGAAUCAGAGAGUGGGGAGAGACGGAGAGGUGGGUGCUCUGGUUUCACGAAUACAAAAAUGGGUUUCUUUCAGUUCUGAUUGAUUGUGAGUGAACAACUGUGUGUUGGAAUAUCUUUUCUGGGCCUCUGUUUUCCUCUGUUUUUGGAGAUGGCCCAGCAGUGGUAGAACUUGAGUUUCAAGCCAAUCAAAUUCUUGGGGUUCAACUUAGAAUAGAUCCAUAUGAUAUUAAGUAAUCUCUUGUUUCUCGGUGUUCACUUUAUUGUGUUAGACGAGGCUUUCCGAGAAAAGUUUUUUCUAGAGCUACUUUCGUGGGAAACAAACAGAGGCUUUGGUUAUUCCGAAGUGGGUCCUUCAACUCGAUCUGAAUUGAUAUCACCCGACAAAAGGAAAUAAAGUCACUGAUUUGGGGUUUUCCGAUUCAUUGCGAAAUUGACAAGGAAGAAAUGGAGUCAGAUCUUCAACACUACCAUCACCGUCUUAUGGAUUAUCAUCAUCAACCUCAACACAAUCAAAGACAGAUGAACUCUGGGUUAUCGAGGUACCAAUCUGCACCCAGCUCGUUAUUUUCCAAUAUCUUGGACAGGGAUUUCUGCCAGGAGAUUCUGAAUCGACCUACGAGUCCCGAAACAGGACGAAUAAUCGCGAGGUUUUUGUCUAGCGGUGACGAUGCUGCUGGCGGCGGUGGCGGUGAUGCUAAUACUGAGAAUAUUCCGGAGCAGAAUCUUUGCACAGAAAGGCACAGUUCACCUGUUAAUGAAACAGUGAAAAUCGAGGAGCCAACGCAGAUUAUGACGCCAAUGGAUAAUCAAACAGGGCUUAUGCAGCAGCAGGCGAAUUACUCCGCUGUUCCCCAGAAUCUGUAUCAAAGCCAACCUCAACAAUAUCUGCUAAAUCAGCAACCAGGUUCAGCCAUCGGCGGCGGCGGCGGCGGUAAAUCGAAUCUUAGUCGACACAGUAGCUCACCAGCAGGGUGGUUCUCCAAAAUAAACGUGGAAAAUAUUGCAGGCUAUGGAGCGAUGAGAGGAAUGGGAGAUUAUGGAAGCGUUAAUAGCAGUAGCACGGAAGCAGCGUUCAAUGCAGCCAGCAGACCACCGGUACCACCGCACUCUGGGCUGAAGCCUCCAAUUCCUGAUAUGAGGAACAAAAAUAUGAGCUCAGAAAAUUCUGGGUUUGGUGAAAAUCGUCCCAACAAUUACUCCUCAGGGUUUCCAGCCACUUCUUGGGACGAAUCCAUGAUGAUUUCUGAUAACAUGUCGGGCAUAAAAAGACUCAGGGAAGAUGAUAGAUCACUUUCAGGCGUGGACUUUGACGGAGCAGAAAUCACGAACUCCGACGACGGCAAUCACCGUCCGCCGCCACUUUUGGCGCAUCACUUGAGUUUACCAAAAAGUUCACCAGAUAUGUCUGCUAUUGAGUUGUUGCAGUAUCAGAAUUCUGUUCCUUGUAAGAUCCGGGCCAAGAGAGGCUGUGCCACACACCCUAGAAGCAUUGCUGAGAGGGUGAGAAGAACCAAAAUAAGCGAGCGCAUGAGGAAGCUACAAGACCUUGUUCCCAACAUGGAUAAGCAAACAAACACGGCCGACAUGCUAGAUUUGGCCGUUGAUUACAUCAAAGACCUCCAGAAACAGGUGAAGACACUCUUGGAUAGUCGUGCAAAGUGUUCGUGUGCCUCACACCACCAGCAAUAAUAGUAGUAGCUAAUAAAAGCAAAGUUUGUGGUGGUUGUGACCCUGGUUAUCAUGUUUGAUGCAUCCAGAACAACCAUUACUUUGCAAAAAAAAAAAAAAAAAA